ACAAUAUAUUAUUAUUAACUGGAUUCCACCAUCCCCUGAGGAGUUAAAAUAGUUGUGUGUUGCAUUUUGAAGCAAAGGGAGUAGCAAAAGAAACAUGGAUCACAAUGAACUUCCUGUGAACUUGAGAGAAGACAAGGUAAGUGACGAGACAAAGAAACUGAUCUCUUCACUUCCAACAGACAAAGAUUCUCAAGGGAACCUCUGCAAGUACCAAGGAUGCUGGUAUUACUACAACACUUUCCAAGCAGUCAUCAGUUUCCAGAAGCAUUUUCAGCCACAAGACACUGAUAUAAUCCUCGCUUCCACCCCAAAGUCCGGCACAACUUGGCUCAAGGCACUCACCGUGGCACUCUUGGAGAGAUCUAAACAUCAUGAUGAUCAUCCUAUGAACCAUCCAUUGUUAUCCAAUAAUCCUCACGCCUUAGUACCAUUACUGGAGAGCUCAGCACCGGAUCUAACCAAGUUCUCACCAUCAUCCUCUACGAGGCUGUUUUCAACUCACAUGCCUUUGUACACCUUGAAAGAAGGUCUUAAAGGUUCUCCUUGCAAGAUUGUGUUCAUGUGCAGGAACGCAAAGGACGCGUUGAUAUCUAGGAUGCAUUUCAGGUCAACCCGUAAUGUUUUGAACCGAGACUGUUUCAGGUGCAAGUAUGAGAAAAUUGAAGUAAAUAGUAGCGUUCUCGAGCCGAUGUUCGAGUCCUUAUGCAGAGGAGUCACCUUCUACGGCCCCAUUUGGGACAAUGUCCUCAGCUACUGGAGAGGCAGCUUGGAAGAUCCCAAUCAUGUUCUGUUCAUGAAGUACGAGGAAAUGAAAGAAGAGCCUUGUGUUCAGCUCAAGAGACUUGCGGAAUUUUUAGGUUUUCCUUUCACUGAGCAAGAAGAAGAUAGGGGAGUUGUGGAAAAGAUCUUGGAGCUCUGCUCCCUGCGUAGUCUUAGCGACUUGGAGGCCAACAAGUCGGGAAAAACCGUUAACGGAGUGGAUCACAAGUUCUUUUUCCGGAAAGGAGAAGUCGGUGACUGGAAAAAUCAUCUCACUCCGGAAAUGGAGAGCAAGAUCGACACGAUCAUUGAGGAGAAGCUGAGAGGUUCAGGCUUGAGUUUCUAAGAGUAUAUUGUAUCCUCUGUUGUUGUGUUCUACUAUUAACUUUAAUAAGAUUGUCACAUUGUUA